CUUCAUCUUUUGGAAAGUUGUAGAGAGAGAUUAUAGAGAGAGAGAGUCUUUUUUUCUAAAAAAAAGAAAAAAAAAGAAGAAGAAGAUGCAGCAACACCUCAUGCAGAUGCAGCAACCCAUAAUGGCGGCCUAUGCUUCUCCAAAUCAAGUCACCACUGAUAUUAUCCAACAGUACUUGGAUGAGAAUAAGCAAUUGAUUCUGGCCAUUCUAGACAAUCAGAGCUCAGGAAAAGCUGAAGAGUGUGCUCAGAGCAGGAACCAAGCUAGGCUUCAAAGGAAUCUCAUGUACCUUGCGGCCAUUGCAGAUAGUCAACCCCAAGUUCCUACAGCUGCUCAGCACCUUCCCAAUUCUCUCAUGCAACAGGGCUCACGGUAUAUGCAGCACCCACAAGCACAGCAGAUGACCCCUCAGUCUCUCUUGGCCGCUCGAUCUUCGAUGCUUUACGCACAAUCGCCCAUGUCCGUCCUGCAGCAGCAGCAGCAGCAGGCGGCGCUGCACGGCCAUUUCGGGAUGGCCGCAGGAGGCUCCAGCGGCGGAUUCAACAUGCUUCACGGUGAGUCCGGCGGUGGAGGCAAUGGCGCAUUGGCGCCCGGGGUCUUCCCCAACUUUGGCCGCAGCGGCGGCAGCGGCGGUGGCGGGGGUGUGGGAAAGCAAGAAGCUGGCAAUGCAAUGCCGAUUGAAGGGCACGGCGGAGAUGCUGCAGAGCCCAUGUAUCUGAAAGGCUCAGAAGAGGAAGCGAAUUAGCCUUUGGACACGGUAAAGUGCUUGAGCCGCCGCCGGUUUCAGCUUCGACAGCGAAGAAAGCAUUCUGCUUAUCUGAACACAAGUUUUGUCGCCGAAAUUUUGAUGCCUGUGAUGGUUAUGGAUGUGUUCAAAGGCUUUCUUGGAUGUUUGGAUUAUUGCGCACUAAGUUUGUAAUUUGUACUUAAUCUUAAACAUGGAAUUAUGGGUCAUGAUGUGGAAUUAAAUUUUGCUCUUUGGAGUUGGUUACUUUUUCAA